AAUAAACGUAUUAAAUUUGCCCCCAUAAAUUUUCAGCAUAGCAUACACUGAGCUCACACAUCACGUGAACAGUUACAAAACGGGAAGGGCGAGUGUGAGAGGAGGGAGCGGUCGCGCCAUAACAAAUUCGCAACGAACUCAUCAUCAAACAAAUUCCCGCUUCUUCUGAUUCUCCUUCUCUGAAUAAAUUCUUCAAUGGCACAAGAAGCAGCAUUGAUGGCCAUGGAGUCUCAGGUGAACAACGCCAGCUCCACAAAAAAGCGAUCAGUGAGGAAUGACAAGCUUCUCCUCGACGAUUACAUCCAUUUCCUUCGCUCUCGCCAUUCCCUCGACCUCACCAUGUGUCAACUCAAUCAGAUCAUUCGCAUUCACGGCUUCAAGAAGAUACACCACGCUCCCAAGAAGGUGUUGGUGGACGCGGUGAACUCGCUCGAUCUCGUGAACCUAUCGCGCUCCACGCUCCACAGUAGCGUCGUCUCAGCGUUCGCGGUUCUUACGGUGGAGGACGCCAUUGCCGAUCUCAACGAGCUCAACUGGCAAGAGUGCUGCGUCACUUCGUUGGAGAAACUCUGCAGCAGCAACAACAACCACAAAUUCCUCUUUCCUCCUUCAUCCUCCGAUCCUCACCAUAGCCGCCUCCAGUUCGCGAACCACUUGCAGGUUGCGCCGAAAAGGAAGAUCAGUGGCAGCGGUGACGGCGACGAAACGUGCUGCGGCGGCAGAGAACUCAUCUCCGAGGCUUUUCGCAGCGGCAUGCGACCGGCGAAGAUGGUACCUAGGCGUAAGAGGAGCGGCGCUCAUGCUCCUUCUGGUGCUGUAUGCGCCUUAUCCGCGACUGCUGUCUUUGUUUAUAAAGACACUAAGACAGAACAUAGAGAUAUUGUGUUUAGAGAUAUUGAAUUUGUGUAUUUUGUGCCUAUAUUAACAGGAAGGACAUAG